ACCGAAGAAGAGGCGUUGUUAACUGCGGUUUACCGCUCACAACUUUUAGCCGCUGCUUAUUUUUCUGAUUUGACGCUUUCUUCGAAGGGUCUCGGCUUUGAGUUGAGCCGUAGCUGCAACCUCUUAACCAACGUCCAGUUCUUAUAUUCCCUCUACUAGUGUGAGUGUAAUUUUAUACAUUUGUUUUCUGCAGGAACUAGCUGGCUCGUUCCCGUUCGUGCUAACGUUAGGUAGCUUUGCGCCAUCAUGUCCGGAGGAGGAGGUAUUGUUAGGGGACCAGCGGGAAGCAACGACUGUCGCAUAUAUGUGGGCAAUCUGCCCCCAGAUAUCCGCUCAAAAGACGUCGAAGACUUGUUUUACAAAUACGGAUCAAUUCGCGACAUUGAUCUGAAAAACCGAAGAGGAGGACCGCCGUUCGCCUUCGUGCAGUUCGAGGACCCGAGGGAUGCUGAAGAUGCCGUUUAUGGACGCGAUGGUUAUGACUACGAUGGCUACCGGCUGCGUGUUGAGUUCCCCAGAAGUGGAAGGGGAGGAGGAGGCGGUGGAGGCGGCGGCGGAGGAGGAGGAGGAGGGGGGAUGGGACCCCCGAGGGGACGGUACGGUCCGCCCUCCCGGCGCUCAGAAAACAGGGUUGUUGUGUCAGGUCUUCCACCCAGCGGCAGCUGGCAGGACCUGAAGGAUCACAUGCGAGAGGCAGGUGAUGUAUGUUAUGCUGAUGUGUUCCGUGAUGGCACCGGAGUGGUGGAGUUUGUGCGCAAAGAAGACAUGACCUACGCUGUCCGUAAACUGGAUAACACCAAGUUCCGUUCUCAUGAGGGAGAGACGGCCUACAUUCGUGUGAAGACGGACGGCCCCCGCAGCCCCAGCUACGGCCGCUCUCGCUCUCGUAGCCGCAGCCGGAGCCGCAGCCGAAGCAAGAGCGGUUCCCGCAGCUACUCUCCACGCCGCGGCCGGGGCUCCCCGCGCUACUCCCCCCGACGCUCCCGUUCCCGCUCUCGCACCUAGAUUCACUAAACUAAAGCAUUGAUGUACCUCAGAGCCGGAGAGAAAAUGUUCACUUAGCGAAUCCUGUAUACUCACCAAGGAUCAUCCACGUGUCACCUGUGUACACUGUCAGGUCAUGUGUUCCCUUUCCACCUACUUUGUUUUUUUUUAUUUUUUUUGUCUGAUACCUGCAGACCAGAUGAAUGUGGUUUGUCUACACGACCCAGUUGAAGUCCUUCUUUUCCCCUUUCUCCCGAACCUUCUGUUUCUGCUAUCCACCUUUCUCUCGUCUCUGUGCUUCUCCUGAAUGUCCCAGUUGACUGCUUUACAUUUUUUCGUUUCGUUUGCUAAUAGUUUUACUUCUUUUAAACAUAUACUACUGUCCUUUGACCUUCUUGUGUGUCUCUCUGUAGAGUUCAGAGGAACAAGAUAGGAUGGGAACAGAGGAAACAGUUCAAAUUAGGAUAAACAGGAGGAGGAGGAGUCAAAUAUGGCACCAAUGGUAUGAUGGCUGUGCCUUGUUAACUGUGAAAUCUGCAUUAUAAGGCGUUUUUUUUUUCUCUCCUAUUUUUUUUUUUUUAACACUUUACAAUAGAGUGACGCUAUUAAAUGUUAGUAACAAGUUCUCUAUGCCGUAUUUGGAGACCCAAAGCUUGCUUUUUUUUUUUUUCUCUCAUCUUUAACUAUAGACGAUGUCCCUUACUUUGGUAGCUGCAUUAAUAUAAAUUUCUUGGCGUAUUUUCUGAAGGUGUGAUUCUAACUCGCCUCCUUCUCUUUGGUUUGCUGGUAUUCUGAAGGUUUGGACUGGGCUCAUUGUCUCCCCAUACCGGAGCCGGAUCAGGAUCAGAUCAGGAUUUAGGAUUAGGCUUCAGGAUGGAGACAUGGAGCACGACCCCCGGCCCUGUCCACAUAACCCCCGUGAAACCGGAAAAAAAAACAUUCUAGCAAGAUAUUCAAAUUGGCUCUCGAAUUAUCCAAAUAUUUUUUUCCCCCCCCAUUUUGUGUGGGACAGAAGACAGACAGGAUUACUGACGGCACAGUGAUGAUUGAUUAUUUUUCAAUUUUUUUGUAAUAAGAAAAAAAAAAAGAAGAGCAGAGAUCGGAUCAAAUCCAGGAGGAGGGCUGGGAGGUACAGGAUGGAUCCGCACGCAUAAGGAGAGUGGUAAAUAGUGGGCAAAGGGAGGAGGGAGGGUAGAGGGAGGUCUGGGAGGCAACACGGGAAUGCCACCGUAAAGUGGUUUGUAUCUCUUUUCUUAGGUUAGUCUUUUCCAAAGGUGGCUGGUUUUCUUAAGUAUAAUCUCCAGUAUUUCAAAGCUUUAUUCUCUUUUAAUAAAAUGUUCGGUAACAUUAAA